UUAACCGAGAGAGCUCCCGGGAGGAACCGAUGCGCCUGCGACCCGGGUUCUUAAAGCCUCAGACCUCCCCCCGCACAACCUCCAACGCCGGCACCCUCCCGACGAAUGAUGACGGGCGAGGGAUCGACUACGGUCCGGCAGCGGCCGGCGGGGUGGGCAAGAGGCACAGCAAGAGCUCCCUGCCGCCGCGACGCAGCAGCUGCUACGGCGGCGGCGGCGGCGGCAACAUCUCCGGCAGCGACGGGCGCACAUCUUCGGGCACGAGCCAGACUUCAGUCGGGUCCCUGCUUUCGUCGAGGGGUAACUUGUCACCCACGGCGGGGGCCGGGGGUGGAGGGGAGGGACCCGUCGCCAAGCUCAGCGUCAGCGGGGGCAGAGGCAGCGGGGGCAGCUACCGGCGGCGAGCGGCCAGCACCCCCGUCACCCGCAGCGGCGGCGAUCGCGACAGGCCGCCGUCACGCUGGAGCCGGAGGCGAAGAAGCGACGCCGUCGAGGUAGGAGAGGACACCCUAGCGCCUUCCGAUGUUUUUGUCGUGGCGGCCGUUGACCUGGAGUUCGAGGGCCUGGGCGUGUUCCCCGGCCGCGGGGAGAGCUUCGGGUCGCCGGUAGGCGGCGGCGGUGGCGGCGGCGGGGCGGAGAUCGACCCGGACGAUGAGGAGUUGAUGGAGAGAAGGAGGGGGGACGGGAACGGGGCGUCCGACGAAGAGGAAGAAGAGGAAGGAGGGGUUCUGGGCAGGCCUAGCGAGGAGUCGUGGACCGGCGGUCUGUCGGCGGACCCGCUGGGGGUGCGGAGGGGGGGCGAUUUCUUCCCGGGAGGUAGCCCCGCGGUUUCCCCCGCUGCCGCCUUCGACGGCGAAGUCGUCAUCGGGGGCAAAGAAGCCGCGGCAGCGGCGAAGCGCCGGCAUUGUGCGAAUCGCGUUUGCUUGAAGGCACCAACCGCUUCGCCGGACUUGGAGGGGAAGACGGGGGAGUCUGAAGGAGAAGAAGAUGGCGCCCACAGCGGCGGCGGCGGCAGCAGCGUCUGGUGGUGGUCUCGGAGGCAGCCGCAGGAGGAACGAGCGGGGAGCGAGGGCGAAGGCCGCUGGUGGUUGCCGUUGCCCCGGCAGCCGGAUGACGAGGACACCCCCGCAUGGUGGUCGGGGCUGCGCAAGAGCAGCGCCAGCACCGACGGGGGCGGUGCCGGCGGUGAGGACGGUCGGCGGUGGAGCAGCCAGACCAGCCUCUUCGCCCAGGCCAUCUCCGCCUUCUCCGCGAUAGGUCCGGUCCCACCACCCGCCUCGUCCCCGACGGUGCACCCCGGGUCUGGUGUGAGCACCGUUACUGCCCAAGACGGCGGCGGCGGCGGCNUCCCCGACGGUGCACCCCGGGUCUGGUGGGACGGCAGGGUCAGUGCCGAGCCCAGCACCGCCGCCAAGUUGGGCGGGGGCGUCCAGGCGUUGGCGGAGGGGCCGCGUGUGCUGUUAAAGCUGCCGUUUUUCUGCAAGGAGAACGGCACGGAGGAGAUGAGAGCUGUGCUGGAGAACGCCGACCUGCGCGCCGGGUAUCAGGAGAUGGUGGUCGCAGAGGAUGCGGAGGGUGUGUCUGGGCCUGCUGCGGCCCUGCAGUUGGGCGGGGAGAUCGAAGAGAAGUAUUUGUCGGAGUCCAGCCCACUAGAGGUCAACAUCGGGGACGACAUGCGGAAGAAUUGUGUAGCCAAGCGAGCCAGAGACGUGGAGCUAGCGAGGGCAUCUUUAGACACCUUCACCCCGGUGGUCUUGGAGCUUUUGUCUCGGCUCUUUGUGGAACACAUGGAUUUGUUGUGUUUUUGCAAAGAACAAAGAAAACACGCGAGAAAGGUGACAAAUGUCAAACAACACCGGCGUGUGCUCAAAAGCAAGUAUCCCAUACAAAUCAACCGCUCUUUUUUUCUUUUGGUCCCGACAGUAAUGGUUCACUCUUCCCUCCCGGAGUUCCGGGGCUCCGCACACUACGCCACUAUCAAAGCCUGCCUGUACAUGGGCCCCCGCGAAAUCCGGAAUAGCGGCGCCACCAGCAGCCUCACCCACGAGGACGAGUGGGGGACGGACGAAGACGAGGACGACUCCUUCGAGCGGGAAGACUUUUGAGGGUCACGGCCCUUGUGCUUGGUUCGUCCGCGCAGCAGUAGCAGCGGCUUGGGGGGGGGCUGGGAUGAGGUGUUGCGUGAAGCUGAUCAUAGCCUUCUUGCGGGAAUGGAUCAGUGACGGUGGUCCGCAGAAAGGUUCGAUGCGUCGGGGUGGGGGGGAUUGGCGCGGAGAUGAAAUAUUUCUUCAUUUGUUUUUUGUGGGUGCGUGACGUCGAUAUAUAUUUUUCUCUUUUUGCUGUUGAUGUUUAUGUUUUGUUUGGGAUGCCUCAUGGUUUCCCUGGUAUUUAUUUAUUUCUGUUUUGAUUGAUUUCUUUUUUGUAUGUGUUAGCUCUCUACUGUUUACAGGGCGGGUGUUUUCGUUUUGUGUUUGUGUCAUGUGGCGGUCGACGGUGCCAAGACUGCUUGUCGUAGCUGCGCCUGCCUUCUUUAUUUCUUCCCGGGGUAUUCCUCGCCGUCCCGGCCGUAGGCGUUCAAAUCCAAUUCGCACCGACAAGGAAGAGGCAACAAGCACGGGGCGCGAGGCGCGGGUGACGGAGUUGAUGCUUGCGGCGUGUUCGAACGGGGGGUUGGCGCGUGCGUUAAAGUAAUGACGGACCGGGUUUGCGUUGUGUGUUUUGGCCGGGGUGGGUAUCUUGGAUUCUUUUGCUUGUCGUUUUCCUCUGAAGAUUGAAAACGAAGCGCCCCCCGCGUGCCUCCGGAGUGGGGGGCGGGGGUCAUGAUACGGGAAUGUAAAGCACUUGUGGAGUAAUCGUACAGCUGGUGAUCUACAGGCUGGCUGUAGUGUCACCGGGAGUGCCGGCAUGCACUUGUGGUUUGUGGAGCAAAGAGGUGGGAGUGCCGGUGUACACGUAUCUUUCGGCGGGGGGGCGAUUGCAUGCUGUACAGCAGUUUACGGGGAUAUAUUGGGAAUUGGGGGGGGGGGGGGGGGGGGGGGGGGGGGGGGGGGGGGGGGGGGGGGGGGGGGGGGGCGCUAGAGCGAGGCUCGAUGGGUUGUCCUCGCGCGCACGUUCGUAUAAUUAAUAUUGCCACGCACAUUAGGUUGGCAACCAUAUGUAUCGUGCAGGAGGUUAAGGUUAGUGGAAGAAGCAACAUUAACGGUUUUUAAGCAGGCAGCUAGCUCCACGAGAUUUCGAGUAGGGAAAAUGAAGAGGCCGCUAGAGAAAAAAUAAAACACAGAGAGAGAGAGAGAGAGAGAAAGAGAGAGAGAGGCGCAGGGACACGCUGUGGAGGAACGUUCAGUUAGGUCGUACGGUGGAAGAAGUGUUUUUUUUUUUUAUUGCGUGCGUUUUUUUUUUGGGAAAUACGACCGUCUUCAAGGGUGUGUUUUCAGACGUCCGGUUGGAGGCCAUGUUGUAGGACCACGUCAUGACAACAGGAACCGGCUUUGUUUUUUUGUCCCCAGUGUCUGGAUGCUGGUUCGAUGUGGCGAAAGGUCAUGGUCAGUUUUUUUUUCUUGGCUCCGGUGUCGACACACGGGUUUCGAAGGAGUUCGGUGAGGCCGCUCCACAGGCAUUUGCGUGCGUGUGCUGCUGGACCUUUUGGUGGAUUUGUUCCCAUCCGUCCUACGCUAUUUUUUACCUGGAGAGUUUUGACGAAGGCCUCGGGCUCUUAGCAGUUUAGGUACGGGAGGGCGUUUGUAUUUUAUGUUGUACUAUUUUUUGUAUCUUACGGUUUCAAGAGUAUCCUUGAGUGCAGUGUUCAGUUCGAUUUUUGGAUGGUUUUUUUCCACGGGGGAAAGGCUCUUUGUGUUUUGCCCAAGAUUAACCGUGUUGGGUACGGUUUUAAAGCUGCCUCGCCGUUCUGUCUUUUUGUUCGGGUGCCUCUUGAGCCUCUCUGUGCUGCUGCUGCUGCUGCUGCGGCUUCCCGCACGCCGGUGUCCCCUGGAUCGUGGUGUCUCCUCGUGUCGUUUUUUUUUUUUUAACGUUCGUUAUGUCUUUUUUGAGUCUUUUGACCAACAGAGCCAAUCCUGUGGGGGGUAGCAGUCCUCUUUGUAGUUGUCCAUAUUGUUCACUGUACCUUUUAGGGAGCCUCCCCCUCAUGGAAUCAUCGAGCCUGUUGAUCUUCAUGUAGGGUAAACAAUAUAGCUCGGCGGAAUGCUGCUACUCUCGAGGUCCACGAAAUCGGCUCGCUCGGAUCGAGCCCGAUAUAUUCCCCUGUUGUGAAUAGUGCCGGUGGAACCUGCUGGCUCAUACCGGCACUAUAUCGGGACCUCGACGGGAAUGGGUUCUCCUUUAUUUUUUUGGCCAUCAACGACAUCGUCGUGUUUGGACCGCAUGCCGUUGUUGUCGUCGUUUUUUAACCGAAUUUCUCACGCCAUGUCGUUGUUGUCGUUGUCGUUGUCGUUGUCGUUGUCGUUUUUCCUUCGUCGCUGUGCGACACAGGCGUUGUUGCCUUUGUGCCGUUGCCUGUGUGCCUGUGUGCUUCUUUAGUAAGUGGCGUCGGCCUUCCCGUACGGGAGAGAAAGUACCCGAAGCGAUCGAUGGCCCGUAUGUGUGGUUUGGGCUGUUUGUUCCCCCCCCCCGCUUGCGCAUCAUCUUCACCUCCCCGUCUGUGCUGGAUGGGCAUCGUAUGCGUGGCAGGCGGGGCGUGCAUGAACAGUUGCCCCCCCUGCGACAGAGCAGCAGCACCAGUGCUUGUUUUCGAUGUCGUCGAUGUAUCGCUGCAAGCCGACGUUUGGUCGUCGAGUUUCAGUGCAGUGUCAUGGCGUGAAAAAUGUAGAACCAAUCGCAUUCGCGACUCGCUUUGUGUGCAAGAAGAGACGCAAAAAUAGCAAGUGUUUUUUCGACAUUUGAGGCACGCUGCCUUUCUGUGCGUUGUCUUCUCUUGUCUCUCGCUCCUGUUUGCUAGUGGCACCGCGUGGGUGAAACCAACGGUUCUUCAAGUUUGGCGUCCUUUCGCUCGAUAAAGGUAUUCCCUUUAGAUUUAACGUAUCACAAACACCAGCGAUUGAGGAUCGAUAAGUACGUUGGGAGUUCCUAGGAAUAAAUAACGUGUUUUUUGUUGGGGGGGAGGCGAGGGGGGCUUCCUUCCGUCUUCCAAGUGAACAAAGGUGCUGUUUUAUCGAUUUUGCUCGUUUUGUUUUAGGGCAGGGGGUGGGACACCAAACCACGG